CGGCUAUUUGUUAUAAUGCGUAGCGCGUAUUAUAAAAAUGGGAAUCGGCGUUGUUACUGCAGUAUUCCCGCCGCCGCCGCCGCCAUGUCGCCGCUCACCCGCUCGCUAGUCGCGUUCGCCGCGCUACUCGCCGCCGCCGACGCCAAUUCUGUCUUCGCCAACGCCGACUCAAAUCCUUUUUGCAACUCCGUGGCGACAGGCAACCAACGCUCGGACGGCGCGCCGUGGCAGAGGCCUAAUUUUGUUUUCGAGGUUUCCCGACCCAGUGGCAUUGUUGACAUCCCUGACAAAUGCAGCCAAUCCGGAAAAACGUUAGUCGCUCAAUCCAUCUAUGCAUGCAGCAGAGCCGGGCCUCCUUCCAUCUCCGUCGGGGGACAGCAGUUCUCUCCGAUAACGGUCAUGUGCCCGGAUACUGCCGGCGGCUGCUCAUUUAACGUUUCGCAGUUUUGUGACGACUAAGACAUUAAUCAAAAGGAAUCUGAUUGUUUUUAGUAUUUUUAUUUACAUUUCUUUAAAUACAUACUUAAAAGUUAAUUAUCCUCCCGUUUUAAAACGUAUUAAAUUGAAAUAGCAAGCGUUGUAAGUUCAAUAUAUUUAAACGGGUAUGUUAACGGCACCAAUCAUGGAACAUUUAAGAGAAAAUUGGAGUGUUUUUGAUAUUUCACGGACACCUGUAAAAUUUCUACCGCUUUACGCUUUAAAAGUUGAAUGUCCAAUUCGUCCUUUAUGUUUUCUAUGUAUUUAAUGAAAGCUACUGCAAUUGCUUUCAAUAUUAUUAACCAAUUAAAACUGUAGUUUUUUGCUCCAGUCAUGGAAUGUAUGGCGCCAUUCAUUUUCAAAAUAACAGAUAUCAAUGAAAAAUUAAACUGAGGCACCUCUCUGGCUCUUGUUUAUGGUAAAAUGUUGCUAGCGAUUAAAAACUGAUGGUAAAUACUUGUUUUACAGGAUUUGUCUGUACCAUCCCAUUACUGGUGCCUGUUCCAUUAUAGGGGUGUUUACUAUAAAUAUACUUACGAUAAUACAUAUACGCUAACUUUGUCUUUAUCUAGAAAAAGGUAGGUAACAUCAAAGAGAAUUUGAAAUAGAGGUGGAUUGUCAAAGAAAACUUUGUAGUUACAGUAAAUUUGAGUUUGGUCCGUAUUCAUUCACUGGUAUGUUUUAAAUUUGUUCAAUAUCGAAAAGUGGCGCCAUCUAAUAUAUCAAAGGCCAAAGGUAUGGCGGUAUCGUUUCGAGCGAUGGCGCCACACCCUUUAGCCGAUGCCCGGUAAGAUGGCGCCACUUUUGCAGUGAAAGAAUAAGGAUAAAAGUUUUAACGUAUCGAAAGAAAUUUACUGUGUCAAAAAAAUAUAUUUGACAAUUCUCUAUUUCAAAUAAGGUAAACGGCGUCUUCGUGUUAGUACGUUAUUUCGUUAGUUUGGUUUCUGACGCAAAUAAUAAGCAAUUUCAAUAUUAAUAUUUUAUUCUAAUUUCUCUUAUAAUAAUGAAAUCUGUAUUAUUUAAUCUCUUCAAAAAACCAAGAACCAAUAUUUUAAUAACUUAACUGAGAGUUUUGCCUCUACGAAGCAUUUCCUCUACAUACAGGGAAACCUAUGUUAUCGGCUACGACGUAGCGCUACGACCGUAGCUAAGUGGUAAAAGUGUUAACAAGUGCCAUUUAGGGCGAAUAUUUUAGGUCUUAUUUGAAUACAUUAACACAUUGUGGAAGAUCUGUGUCCUUACAACGCCGGUAUGUAAUAGUUGUUUAUGUGACUGCUACGUAAUGAAAGGCAUUAAAAUACGAGUGUGGGUUUAUGAAACGAAUGAAAUGAGUAUGAAGUAUGAGUAGAGUAUGAAGGAUCACACGAGUAUUUUAAUGCCUAAUUAUGUACAGUUACGAGUACAUACACUGCUUUAUCUACAUCAAUAAGUAUCAUAAGCUUCAAUAAAACAAGUUAUUUUAUACUUAAGAUCUAAUAAAAACAUGAAUUAUGCACGUCACA